AUGAACGCAGAUACGUGCGUCUCAUACUGCGAUAUGACAUCAAUGGAUUCUUAUUAUAGUGCAUCUACUGCGCAGGGUAGAGAUCACCAAGCGAGCCCUUUCAGGACUUUCCCGAGCACAGAAACGAAAUACAGCCCCACGUUCAUUCCGGGUAAAGGGCAGGCUUACGGAGAGAAGUGCCGGAGUCCUUUCCAGUCCGAGUGCCAAUCAUUGGAUGGCGCUGAGGAGAGCACCUUUAACAAAUACCAGCUCUUCAUGCAGCGACCGACCUGCAAAACUCCGCCCGAAGGCAGCAAGUUGCACCCGGACAGCGGACACAACGGGUCGCUCAUUCCCUGCUAUGGUAAAGACGGCCUAACUGAGUCCGAGUUGCCCCCAAGUGUUGACCCUCCUGGGAUGGAAGGAAGCUACCUGAACCUAAAAGAACCUGGUGUGAAGGGGCCGAGUGAGCGCCCAGGGUCAGACCUUUCCGUUCCUCUGGACAAAACUGAAGCUGAGAGCAACAAAGGCAAGAAGAGACGCAAUCGUACCACAUUCACCAGCUACCAGCUGGAGGAGCUUGAGAAAGUUUUCCAGAAGACACACUACCCAGAUGUCUACGCCCGUGAACAGCUGGCACUGAGGACAGACCUGACAGAGGCUCGUGUUCAGGUGUGGUUCCAGAAUCGCAGAGCCAAGUGGAGGAAGCGAGAACGUUUUGGCCAGAUGCAACAGGUCCGCACGCACUUCUCGACUGCUUACGAAUUGCCUCUACUCACUCGGCCUGAGAACUAUGCACAGAUCCAGAAUCCAUCGUGGAUUGGGAGCAGCAGCGGAGCAUCUCCGGUGCCAGGCUGCGUUGUACCUUGUGAUUCCGUUCCGUCCUGCAUGCCCCCUCACCCUCAUGGUCCUGGAGGCGUCUCUGAUUUCCUAGGUGUGCCCAGUCCAGGGAGCAGCCACAUGGGACAGACACAUAUGGGCAGCCUGUUUGGGGGUGCUGGGAUCAGUGGGGGAAUCAAUGGCUAUGAUCUCAAUGUUGAUCCAGACCGCAAGUCCUCCAGCAUAGCUGCGCUGCGAAUGAAAGCCAAGGAACACAGUGCAGCCAUCUCCUGGGCUACAUGAUGUCCCAACACAGUUCCACCCUGCCCCCAAAUGGCCCCAUCUCCGGAGCAGCCAUCAGCAAGCACUGAGGGGGUGGAGGGGGUUUUCCUGAGAGCACUAACGAUAACACAGGUCAAAUGAUCAGGGAGAGAGUGUGGAGAUAAGAGAGGCCAUAACAGCGGCCAAUGUGAGCAAGAUAGACGUGACUAUGACAAUCAACAGAUGCUAAAAGUGAGAAAAAUACAGAGAUCCGGCUUAGAUGAGUUCAUCAUUGAUUCCUUGAUCUUCCAAGUCUCACCGCAAAAUGGGUUUAGACUCCAAUAAAUUGGGUAACAUUUGUGAUUAGAAAGGUUUAAAAUAACUAAAAAGCACCAACAUUGGUAGCAAAAUAUCUUCAUAACAAUUUAUACCUUCUGUCCCAACACCAGUCAUAUCAUAAAGUAUCCUCAUUUUGUAAUUUGUCUUAAACAAGUCCACUCACUGUGAGCAAUCCCAGAUGCAAACAAAGGGCUCCGAGUUUACUCUCUGUCAGUUUCUAUUGCAAACUACAAUCAUGACAAGAAACAACCAUUUUAUCUCAACAUGUUGAAGGUAGUUUAUGUCUCUGUAAACAUGGACAAAAGUUUAUUGCAAUAAGUGAACCUAAUCAAGCAAGAACACAUUUGCUUUGCCUAUUUAGUCUGGGUAGCGGCAGGUACUUGAUUGGCAGCAAUUUCAAACCAACUUGUCAUGUGCCCUCCCAGGGCAGCCUCCACAGGUUCCUCCUGCUAGGCUGUGGCUUCAGGUUACAGGAAACGGUGUCUCCACUGGCAGACAUGGUCCAGCGCUACACAGCAGCAACCUUCAACAGCAACUAACCAUGCCAGCUUCAAUCAGCAGCCAACAGAAAUAGACAAACUUAAUUAGCAUCAACAUGAGCCUCCUCUCCUUGUGAACAACACAGUAAAUCACAAGGUACAUGGUGAGAACAUUCCGCACACAUACCUAAAUAAUCAAUUCAUCAUUAGAAAUUGGUUCAGCAGGGAUCAGUUUUUGAUUUAUCAUUUGUUUAAAGUACCUGCCGAUGACUGCUGGCCAAGUCAUUGGCCCCCCCUGAAAAGCAUCCUGUAAUAUUUGAGUGAUUUGAGGACAUUUAAACUCAAUUGCAGGAAUGUAGUGAGCGUGCCCAGUGAUUGCAGGGGUAUUUGUGCAUGUUACCCCACUGCAGAAGUUUGUCACCAGAGCUGGGCUCCGGGCUGGAGCUUGAGACAGACUUCAUUAGUCUUUUAGCUGAUCUUGCUAUGACAUCUGCUGGACUAGAUAUCUGUUUUCCUUUUCAUGUGUGGAUAAAGGCAGGAAAUGCAAAAAAACGCAAAGAAAAGAUAUUCAGUUUCUUACAAAAAAAAAGCAAGUUAAAGGUUAGUUGCAUAUUAAUUAUUUGUCUAGCCGUUUCUGCAGUUUACUAGGCUUGAAAGUUCUCACAGUUGGGACAACUGAAUGUUUAAAUGAAGAUCUUUCACUGAGUACCAGUAUGCAAUGACAUGAUUAAUUUAACCCUUACGUUCUACACAAUGGAUUUAUUGAAAGAACUCAAACAAAUGUCAGAAAAUGAAAAGAAAAAAAAGCCAGUUAAAAUGAGUGAAGAUCCAAAACAUUACCAUUAAACAGAUAAACAGGAUGUAGGUGAAUUAAAUAUAUGCCUGAGUUCAACUCAAAUCUCCUCUGUCAUGUCGACUGUGUCUCUCUGGUCCUUCCUCAGUGCUCUUCUCCAUUGCAGCUCCAUUUACGUUGAUACUACUGAAAUAAAGCAAAUAAUAAAGCAAUAAAUCCACGUUUAUGAUGUCAUAUUGUAUUAAUGUGAACAAUUCAAAGGAUAUUGUUCUUCUGCUUGUACAUUUGUUUUGCUUUUCUGUCAAAUAUUGGACCUCCAGUGAUAAACCAAUUAAGUAUUACAUAAAUAAUUGUAAAGCUCUGUGUGCUGUUCUGAAAAAUAGCCCUUGACUUUUACCAAGGAAAUUGCUUUCAAAUGUUUCUUUUUUUUUAUGGCUUUAAACAGCAUUUUGUUUAUUAAUCAAGUAUUUCUGCUAUUGAUUGUGCCAAAUUAAGCAAUAAGUUAUUGCACUUGUGUUUUUUUAUAUGUACUUGGAGAGUUUUUUCUGAAGUCUGAGGGUACAUCACUUUUAGUCACAGCAUUCAAGAAAUGUUUUUUUAAGCACGUCCAUUUUAAGUACCACAAACAGCAUCACUGAGGUCUCCUCCGGUGCUAUAUUUUGUACAAAAUUAACUUGUUGUUUCUG